AUGGACAAGUCGGAAAAGGUAAUGGCAGAUGGGGGCGCCACCCCCCGUGCCAGCGACGAUAUCUCAGCCCAUGACGGGCAUCUCAUCAUCGACCAGCAGAGCGAGAAGAGACUCGUCCGCAAACUGGACAUAUGGAUUGCACCCGUCAUGACCCUCAUCUUCCUCACGGCAUACCUUGACCGCUCAAACAUUGGAAAUGCUGCUUCGGCCGGGAUGACAGAGCAGCUCGGGAUGUCUAGCGGUGACCUGGGAAACGCCGUGACCCUCUUCUACGUGACGUAUGUGGCGUUCGAGGUACCGUGCUCGCUUGUCCUCAAAAAGUUCCACCCCAGCCGCAUGAUACCGCUCCUCAUGUUCGGCUGGUCGAUCGUGCUCAUCGGCACAGGCUUCAUGCAUACCAGGGGCCAGCUCUAUGCGUCGCGGCUUCUCCUGGGUCUCUUUGAGAGCGGGAUGUUCCCCUGCCUAGCGCUAUACCUGAGCACAUUCUACAAGCCCGGGGAGCAAGCGCUGCGCGUGUCGUACCUGUUUGUGUCGUCUGCACUGAGCGGCUCAUUUGGCGGACUGUUCGCGUACGCGCUGCUCAAGAUGGAUGGCGUGGCAGGGAUGGCUGGGUGGCGGUGGCUGUUCAUCAUUGAGGGGUGUGCCAGCGUGGCCGUCUCCGUCUUUGUCUUCUUCUUCCUCCCCGACAAUUUCGAAACGGCGCGCUUCCUCAACGCGGAGGAGAAGAAUCUCAUGCGGGUGCGCGCCCAGCUCAAUGCGCGAUACAACGGCAAACCCGACUUUGAUUGGGCCGAGGUGAAGAACGCGGCGCUCGAUCCGAAACUGUACAUUAGCUGUUGGUCUCAGUUCAUGGCCGACAUCUGCUCGUUUGGCUUGUCGUCAUUCUUGCCCCUGAUCAUCAAGUCUUUUGGAUACGAUACCGUCACCACGCAGCUUCUCACCGUCCCGGUCUUCUUCUGGGCCAGCUGCGCCUACAUCGUCGUCAGCUGGAUGAGCGACAGGUGGCGCCGCAGGGCCUUCUUCAUGAUGCCCGCCUGCCUCAUCACGGCCGUCGGGUACGCUGUCAACCUAGGGGUCGCAGCCGACAAGAGAGGUCCUCUAUACUUCUCUACCUUCCUCAUCGCACCGGGCGUCUAUGUGAUUGUGGGCCUCAACUGUGCCUGGCUCCUCAACAGUCAUGCCCCGUAUUACAAGCGUGCCAUGGCCAUCGGAAUGAACCAAUCUAUCGGAAACUGCGCCGGCAUAGUGGUUGGUCAAAUCUUCCGAACCACCCAAAAUGGCAAGUAUGUCAUGGGUCUGAGCAGCUCAUUGGCUGCCGUUAUCUUGGCCAUUGCCGGACAUGCUUCGCUUUACAUGUACCUACGUCGCCAGAAUAUCAAGAGGGAUCAUAUGUCUCAAGAAGAGAGGCAAGCUGAGAUUGAUGCGGGAAAGACGGGGGAUUUCCACCCCGACUAUCGUUACGCGCUGUAA